UCCGGGUUGCUUAAAUUCAGUGCGAAAAAAGUUUGAGUUUUCAAUGGAGAAGAAAUUUGAAUCUAAAAUUAUUGCUGCAAAAAUUUUGAAUAUAAAAAUAUUUGUAUGAUAGAUUGGUGUCUAGAAUUAGGUUAAUAAUCUUGCAAAAAUAGUACGAUAAAUGUACGUCAAGCUGCUUCGUUAGCUACCGACCCAACCGUCGAUGUGAAUGGGUGAAAAAUGGCAACAAUGAAAAAUUGUGGCCCUGCAGUAAACGAAUCUGUUCUUGAUAUCAGUUUUUGCUAAUGAUAUAAAAACAAUUUGAUGGUUAAGUGCGUAUUCGAUACGGUGAACAAUAAAACAAGUUAGUCUGGCCGGUUCCGGAAGAAGUUUGUUGUGCAAAUCGAGCCUCCUCCCCCGGGGAAAAUCUUCGCUUUGGAUACCAAGUUUCGCGGCCAUCUUUCUCUAGACGCUGCGUAGCUACAUAUACCUAUACGUGUGCAAAGUAAAUGUAAUAGACGUGUGAGUGCUUGCUUAUAUAGUGUGCGUAGUUUCUGGUAGGAUUUUCCGUGGAAAAUCCGAUAUAGGGCAGCUUUUGCUCUAAGAGGAAAGUUAAAUAGAAAAAAAGCAAAGGCUCAACGAUAAACCUCAAAGGUCACAAUCAGUGUUUUUGCUGCUUUGGCAAAAAAAGAAGUGUACUGUCUGUGAAAUUGUUUGAAGCAGUAAGAAAUUGAAUAUUUCGGGUGUUUUCAUCGUUUGUCUGAAGGCAUAGCAUAAGACAUGGCAUCCCAGACGACGACGACGACGGCUGCUGCUGCUGCUGCAGCGGCCGCCAGCAUGGAAACCGACGAGAUGGUGGAUCCGAUGAACGAUUUUCUACCGCUGCUACCGGAGAACAUCAAGCAGGAGCUGUUCGAAAACUCCGACAAGGGUACCGCUAAUCCGUGCGAUAGUGCAGAGAACAAGGGUGACGCCCCCGAAACCGCCUCCAACGACACACCGGUCCCGACCAAGUGCGUCUGGUGCCAGCAGAUCCUGGCGACGACGGAUCACCCGAAGCUGCUGGAAUGUUUGCACGUCGGGUGUGAUCCGUGUGUGAAGCAAAAAUUCUCCGACCUGCCCCACAAUCAGCCGGUGUUAUUCUGCCCGGUGUGUAAAAUGGAAUCCCGCCUGGAGUUCAUCAUCGACAAUGUGUUCCUGUGUGAAAACACGGCAGACGACAAUCCGGGCAGCGUGGAGUCCACCAAGGAUAUGAUCAAGUGCAGUAGCUGCAGUGACGAUGCAAUCGCCACGUCCUGGUGCGUUGAGUGUGCCGAGUUCAUCUGUGAUAGCUGUGUGCAGGCGCAUCAGCGGCUGAAAAUUACCAAGGAUCACACGAUCAAGCCGAAGGAAGCCGCCUGUGAAACGCCCGGCAGCAGUGGGCUGUCCGGGAAGAACAUCAUGUGUCACAUACAUUCACAGGAAAAACUCUCCCUCUACUGUGAAACAUGCGACCGAUUAACGUGUCGAGACUGCCAGCUUGUGGACCAUCGGGAUCAUAAGUACAAGUUCGCCAAUGAGAUCGCUAGUGAGACGCGAAACUCUCUGCAAGCGCUGCUCAGCGAAAUCAGCUACAAAAAGGUGCUGCUAUCCAGCGCGAUGAAGGUAAUCGAUGACCGGCAAGCACUGAUCACCGAGAAGAAGAAGGAACUCUCCAAAGAAAUCGCAGAUCUAGUGGUUAAGCUAACCAAUGCGGUAAACAUGCGGGGCAAGCAGCUAGUUUAUCGGCUAAAUCAGGUGUGCGACACAAAACUCCAAGUACUGAACGAGAAGAAAGACGCACUCCAACAACUUUCAGGGCAUACCGAUCACUGCAUCGAAUUCGUGCAAGGCGCACUUGACAAAGGCAGCGAUAGUGCAGUACUUUACAGUAAAAAAACGUUAGCAAGACAUUUGCAAAAGGUGAAAUGCCAGCGGGCAGAUAUACCCAAUCCGGAAAUUCCAGUGCGAGUUCAACUAUUCCUAUCCAACGUACCAGAGCUGCAAAAUGUUAUUGCACGAAUUGGUACGAUACUGGUGGACGGUAAGGUCUAUCCACCACCACCUGGUCCAGCCGGUAAUGGUGUUCCGCAGGGUCCAGGUGCAGUGCAGAAUCGUAACAAGCAGCCCAGUCCGAAUAUAACACCACCGCUAAGGCCCGGUAUGCCGGGUCCAGGCAUGACGACGCUCUCUUCCAACAAUGCCAAUGGUCCUGGUGGCUUCCCGAAUGUGCCUCCCAUGUAUAACGGUAAUGGUGGCGUUCCAGUGGGAGCUCCCUUUCCACCAAAUCAUUCUAUGAAUCGAACGUUCCAGCAGGAAAACGGUCCCGGUGGAAGCUUCGGGCGAUUCCCCAUGGGACCUCCGCAUGGAAUGCCACCACAGCAACAUGUUAGCUCCUCGACGCACCCUCAAAAUAUGGAUUUACGUAAUCUCUUGAGUCAUCAAAAGCCGAACGGACCUAGCCGCGGUUCACCCAAUGCACCAAGUUCAGCAGGGAAUGCUAAUGUUGCUAAUCAAUUUAACACAGCUAAUUUCAUGGGUAACGUUCCGCCCGGUUCUGGAGGUCCAACUCAGCAUCGGAUGGGCCCGAUGGGAGGUGCUCCACCGGGUUAUCUAGCCGGUCCGACUGGCGGUCAUCAAAACUACAAUCAGGGACAACCCGGGCCCAACAGUAGCGGUAUGAGCAUGGGUGGCAAUAAUCCACGCUUCCAAAAUUUCCAAAGAUUCGCUAUGCCUCCGGCAGCCAUGCGGCAUAUGAUGGGGAAUAAUACCUCUACUCUACUCACACCAAAGCAGCAGGCGGCGAUGCGAUAUCCGGGUCAGCAAACUCCUCCUGGUUACAAUCCAAACUCAAUCCAGCCCGGAAUGCAACCGCAGCAUCCGAGCGCCAGUCCCAGCAGCGGAGCAAGUAGUGGUGCUGGUGGUGGCGGUGCCAAGUGGCAUAUCCCACAGAAUAUGCAAGGACAGCAAAACAAUGGAUUUGGUGGUCCAUCUGGAUUGCAUCUGUUCGGUAAUGGUCCGAACGAGUCGUUCAAAAUUCCUCUCAAAUCCCCGGACACGCUUCGAAACUCAAUGAUGAUGGUGAACGGUGGUGGCAGUGCGGGUGGUGUUGUUCCAGGCGGGCCCAAUCAGAUUUCCAUGCACAUUCAACACCAACAGCAGCAGCAGCAACAACAACAGCAACAACAACAGCAGCAGCAACAUCAGCAGCAACAGCAGCAAAAUCAUCACUUACAACAGCUGCAGAAUGCUUUGCCGAACGUGAGCUCUACCAAUCCGAAAACGCCGUCACCAAGUACGAAUGAGCCCGGGAAAGAUUUCGCUGAAUCGAUCGAUCGAACAUGCGAAGAUUCGGUGAAUGAUCUGAUGGCCACCAUUGCCAAACUGGACUCGAAUGGCGUUCAGGUGCUCCCGGAAGGACAUCGAGGAAAAACAACCUCACCGCAGGUGCACAGUUCGACCGAUCUCAACAGUAGCAGUUCGGUGGCAGGAGCGGGAGCAGGCGUACUAGUGGACGACAAAAGUUUGCCUAAAGAGCUGGAUCCGAAUGAGGAUUGGUGUGCCGUCUGUAUGGACGGCGGUGAGCUAAUGUGCUGUGAUAAAUGUCCGAAGGUGUUUCACCAAACGUGUCACAUACCGGUGAUCGAUUCCCUGCCGGACGAAAGCGAAACCUGGCAGUGUUUGCUGUGCUACAACUUUGCCGAUGUACCGCCGGAACCAACGGGCGAAAAACGUAACAUUGGAAUUACGCCGUUGGAGCUCAAAAUUCUGCAGAGGAUUGUGCUGGAGCUGUUCUGUCAGUAUGAAACCAGUAUGCCGUUCCGACAUUUGGAACCAGAAACGAACAAAGCGUACUAUGAUAUUGUUUGCAAUCCAAUAUCGUUGUCAAUGAUCCGUGACAAGCUGGAUAUGGCUAAUAGUGAUCAUUAUACCGAUAUUCCAUCGUUUAUCAGCGACGUGAAGCGGUUAUUCAACAAUGUGUACCUCUUUUACCAGGAGGACAGCAUCACCUUCAAGAGCGCCCAGAAGCUGGAAAAGUUCUUCGAGCAGCAGCUGUCCAAGUGGUUACCAAAGUAUCUGGAGUGCGAAACCCUAGAGGACUACCUGCAGAAUCCGGCGAAGCGCAUCAAGAGCAUCCAAGAGGAUUAACAAUCAAUUUUGG